GAAAAGGAUCGCAUCGACAACAAAUAGACUUUUUGACGCCCACAAGUUAGAGCUAAUGAUACUCCUCAAUAGAGAUUCAGUGCAAUUCCUGAGGAGAACACGGGCUUAGAAGGAGAAGAGAAACAUGGAUGAAUUCAGCUUCCCUGCCGUUCCAGUAGAACAGGAGCCCCUCCGCCAGCUCCCUUUUCCUCUUUGGUUCAUGUCCUCCGCCGCCAACCAAAAGAGCGACCAUCAUCAUCACCGGAGAAGCUUCUCUUCAUCUGAAGAGGCUGCAGAGAUUGCCGACGCACUGGCGAUGGCCUCGCCGGCGCUCAGCGAGGAUGGCGGCGACCGGUUUCUCACUGAUGAAGAGAGGAUGGACAUGCUCUGGGAGGAUUUCAAUGAAGAGCUACGCCGGAUGUCAUGCGAUCGAAAGAGGGAUGCAGCGAACGGGGAGGCGAGUUCUAACUCGUCAUUGACGAAUGGAAGCGAAACGGAUUCGAGGAGUGGCCGCAUAAUUCACCAUACAAGGCCAAGCUUGCUUUUGAUGCUGAAGGUAUUGAAGAAGCUGUUCUUGAUUCAGAAGGCUGGUUCUUCCAAGAGGGAAUCACUUCAUUGAAGAUGAUAAGCUCUCAUCCUCUAAGAAUUCCACUAUGGUUUGUAGCUUUCUCUCUCGUCCUUAUUCGACGUCAAGCAAGCCAUAGGAGCUGAAUCCAGAGGUUAGAAGAAGCAUGAGCCACCACAGAUCGAGAAAAAAUAAAAAAUAAAAAAGUUUGUAAUCUCUUUGUUCUGGAGGUAAAUACUAUAGAGAGGCAGUCAUCAUGUUUCCAUAUAGCUAUAUAUCAAUAGCAAUAACAAAUUUGUAAUAUAAUACAAGCUUCCUCUUCUUUUGC